GCCCCCACGAGGGCAGCUGCAGCCAGACACUGCUACCCUCAUCAUGAGCCCCUGGCAGCCCCUGGUCCUGGCGCUCCUGGUGCUAGGCUGCUGCUCUGCGGCUCCCAGAGGACACCAACCUACUGUGGUGGUCUUCCCAGGGGACCUGCGAGCCAAUCUCUCUGACCGGCAGCUGGCAGAGGAAUAUCUCUACCGCUAUGGCUACACUCAAGUGGCUGAGAUGAGCGACAAUAAGCAGUCCUUGGGUCCGGUGCUGCGGCUUCUCCAGAGGCGCCUGUCCCUCCCUGAGACUGGCGAGCUGGACGCCACCACCCUGCAGGCUAUGCGAACCCCCCGCUGCGGCGUUCCAGACCUGGGCACAUUCCAGACCUUUGAGGGCGACCUCAAGUGGCACCACCAAAACAUCACGUACUGGAUCCAAAACUACUCGGAAGACUUGCCGCGCGACGUGAUUGACGACGCCUUUGCCCGCGCCUUCGCUGUCUGGAGCGCAGUGACCCCGCUCACCUUCACUCGCGUGUACGGCCGGGAAGCUGACAUCGUCAUUCAGUUCGGCGUUAGGGAGCACGGAGACGGGUAUCCCUUCGACGGGAAGAACGGGCUCCUGGCACACGCGUUUCCUCCCGGCCAGGGCAUUCAGGGAGACGCGCACUUCGACGACGAAGAGUUGUGGUCUCUGGGCAAGGGAGUCGUACUUCCGACCCACUUUGGAAACGCAGGUGGCGACCCCUGCCACUUCCCCUUCACUUUCGAGGGCCGCUCCUACUCCGCCUGCACCACGGCCGGCCGCUCCGACGACAUGCUCUGGUGCAGCACCACGGCAGAUUAUGACACCGACCAACGGUUUGGCUUCUGCCCCAGCGAGAGACUCUACACCCUGGACGGCAAUGCGGACGGCAAGCCCUGCGUGUUUCCGUUCACCUUCGAGGGCCGCUCCUACUCCGCCUGCACCACCGAAGGUCGUUCGGACGGCUACCGCUGGUGCGCCACCACCUCCAGCUACGACCAGGACAGACUCUAUGGCUUCUGCCCUACCCGAGUCGACUCGACGGUGACCGGGGGCAACUCGGCGGGGGAACUGUGCUCCUUCCCUUUCAUCUUCCUGGGCAAGGAGUACUCGGCCUGCACCAGAGAAGGCCGCAGUGAUGGGUACCUCUGGUGCGCCACCACCUCGAACUUCGACCGCGACAAGAAGUGGGGCUUCUGCCCAGACCAAGGAUACAGCCUGUUCCUUGUGGCGGCACACGAGUUUGGCCACGCGCUAGGCUUAGAUCAUUCAUCUAUACCAGAAGCGCUCAUGUACCCCAUGUACAGCUACACUGAGGAGUCGCCUCUGCAUGAGGACGAUGUGAAGGGCAUCCAGUAUCUGUAUGGUCCUCGCCCUGAACCAGAACCACGGCCUCCAACCACCACCACACCUGAGUCCCAGCCCACUGCUCUCCCGACAGUCUGCAUCACUGGACCUCCCACUACCCGCCCCUCAGAGCGCCCCACUGCGGGCCCUACAGGCCCCCCUUCAGCUGGCCCCACGGGUCCCCCAACUGCUGGCCCUUCUGAGGCCCCUACAGUGUCAAUAGAUCCAGCGGAGGAUGCCUGCAACGUGAACAUCUUUGACGCCAUCACAGAGAUCGGGAAACACCUGCAUUUCUUCAAGGAUGGGAGGUACUGGAGAUUCUCUGAGGGCAAGAGACGGGGAGUGCAGGGUCCUUUCCGUAUCACGGACACGUGGCCUGCCCUACCCCGCAAGCUGGACUCUGCCUUUGAGGAUCCUCUCACCAAGAAGAUUUUCUUCUUCUCUGGGCGCCAAGUGUGGGUGUACACAGGCGCAUCGGUGCUAGGCCCGAGGCGUUUGGACAAGCUGGGCUUGAGCCGGGAGGUGACCCAAGUCACCGGGGCCCUCCGGAGCGGCCGAGGUGAAGUGCUGUUAUUCAGCGGGCCCCGCUUCUGGAGGUUUAACCUGAAGACACAGACCGUGGAUUCCAGCAGUGUCAGCCCUGUGGACCAAAUGUUUCCCGGGGUGCCUUUGAACGCGCACGACGUCUUCCAGUACCGAGAGAAAGCUUACUUCUGCCACCAGCACUUCUUCUGGCGUGUGACUUUCCGGAAUGAGGUGAACCAGGUGGACCAAGUGGGCUAUGUGAACUUUGACAUCCUGCAGUGCCCUGAGGACUAGGGCUCCCCAUCCUGCUUUGGCACUUCAGUGUGGGUCCCCAAGGGGACUGUCCUGAUGGGAAAGGAGCCAGUUUGCCGGAUACAAAUUGGUUGGUCUGUUCUAGAGGACAGGGAGGAGUGGAGAUGGGCUGGGCUCUCUCUUCACACCUUCCUUUUUUGUUGGAAUGUUUAUAAUAAACUUGGAUUCUUUAACCUUGA